AUGACGGCCGCAGACGACUCGGGAUGCACAACCAAACCUGAAGACUAUGCCCAGGAUGCCGGUCAUCCCCCCCCAGCCACCCCGUGGUGGAGGCGCUGGGGACGCUCCCCGAGAGAGGAACCGGGGUUCGUUCCAGCUGAUGGAAGCUAUCGUGCCAAGUCUACGAUGGGCAUCCUCAGCGAUAAAGAAACCGACCAAGUGCCAGGCACCGUUCUCCUCCUUGCAUCUCAUCGCAACGAACCGCUCGGGUUGAGACGCCGAGAAAAUCGUGGAUCCGCGACAUCCUUGCAGUCCGCCUAUUCGCGUGCCUCCUCCCGAUCCGCAGUACCGACGAAGAAGACGUCCGAUGGUCGGGUGAUCUUGGAUCCCCAGCCCGAUGAUUCGGGCAACGAUCCCCUAAACUGGCCGGUCUGGCGCCGGGAUGCCGCUUUGAUCGCCCUGGGCUUUUACUCGCUCAUGGGCGGCGGCAUGACCCCCGUCCUCGCUGCAGGAUUCGAGGCAGUUGCCACGACGUAUGAUGUGUCCACCCAGAAGGUCGCCUUCACGACGGGUCUUUACAUGCUGGGGUUAGGCGUGGGCUCGGUGAUCAUGUCCCCAACGGCCAUCCUGUACGGUAAGCGUCCGGUCUACCUCCUGGGGGCCACGCUUUUCAUCAUUUCGGCCGUCUGGUGUGCCGCCUCCCCCAACUUCGCCAGCCUGGUGGUAGCCCGUGUGUUCCAAGGCAUCGCGGUCAGUCCUGUCGAGUGCCUGCCCUCGGCCACCAUUGCGGAGAUCUACUUCUUGCACGAGCGCGCCUACCGCGUGGGCAUAUACACGCUACUCUUGCUCGGAGGCAAGAACCUGGUCCCGCUGGUGAGCGCGGCCAUUAUCGGCCGGAUGGGGUGGCGCUGGGUGUUUUGGAUCGUCGCCAUGGUCGUAGGCGUCUGUCUGGCGAUGAUCUUCUUCUUCAUGCCAGAGACCUUUUGGGAUCGGACCCCGCGCCCCCGCCCCCGCAAGCGGCCCUCCCUCUACCGCAGCGUGUCAGACGUCGUCACCCACGGGUUCCACGGGCGACCGCCGCAUACCCAGCGCCUUCCCGACUCGGCCCCGGAGGAGCCCUUGCGCUCGCCCUCGCCCGCCCAUCAUGCUGAUGGGGCCCCCCACGUAGGGUUCGUCAAUGAGACGCUGGGUUCGGUGCGGGACGAGAAGGACGACCGUGGCCCAACAGAUGCGGACUCCAUUGCGCCGGCGCCUCCGCCCGCAGGGACUCGGGGGAACCUAGAGAAAUCUGACGCAGACCGUCAUCCCCCACCCCCGGCUCACGGCACGUCCCAUGCGGGGGAUCUGGAGGCGGCCCGGCUAGCGGCUCCCUCGUCCACCCGCAGCGACUCGGUCGGGCCGGCGGCACCCCCAAUCACCACAAGCAUGCACUACACCAACCAGCUGCGGGAUCGGUCCCCGGUCCCGUUCGUGCAGUCGCUGCGACCAGGGCAGGGGCGGAUCUCGCAGGAUAGCUGGAUGCGGGCGGCUUACCGGCCUUUUGUGCUUUUCGCGUACCCGGCGGUGCUGUGGUCGGCUGCAGUGUACGCCCUGUCCGUGGGGUGGCUAAUCGUGGUGUCCGAGUCGGUUUCGCACAUCUUCCAGGGUCGGUCCCACUACCACUUCACGGCGCUGCAGACGGGGCUCGUUUAUAUUUCGCCCUUCGUGGGCGGCCUGCUGGGGACCGCCGUGGCCGGUCGGGUGUCGGACCUGAUCGUCACCGCCAUGACGCGGCGGAACGGAGGCGUCUACGAGCCAGAGUUCCGGCUGGUUAUGGCGGUGCCAAUCGCGCUGUCGACGACCACAGGACUGAUGGCGUUUGGCUGGAGUGCGGAGGAGGAGGACCCAUGGAUCGUGCCGACGUUACCGACAGUAUGCCGGGGAGGCGCUGGUGACACUGAACUGGUGCAAAAGUAA